UAGAGGCCGUGUAUUACUAGUAUAUCAACUCCGUUAUCGGAAUUCCAAAAUCUUCAAACUCGACGAAUCUGGGUUAAUCUUGCAUAAAGUUCGGAUAAUCUAUACAAUUACCCGACAUAUCUGUCAAGGACAUUCGAGUAACGUCUCAAUAUUUAACCUAAAGUGUUCGUUGUACGAAAACGGUAUAUUUGGACCCGAAGAAUUUAAGCACAGCACGAUGGCAGACACCAAUCUCUCGGCAGUGUUGUACAAAAAGCAGGAUUUACAGCUGGUGGACCGCCCCAUUCCAGAACCAGCGAAAGGACAGGUGCAGAUCCGCAUGCAGAAGGUGGGUAUCUGCGGCUCAGAUGUCCACUACUGGCACGAAGGUCGGAUAGGGGACAGGUUCGUGGUCACCGCCCCGAUGCUCCUGGGCCACGAGUGCAGCGGCGUCGUCAGCAAGCUGGGCGAGGGCGUCACACACUUAAAAGUCGGUGACAGAGUGGCGAUAGAACCCCACGGCGUAUGCCGCACGUGCGACGCCUGUAAGAUAGGCCGCUACAACUUGUGUCCGAACGUCUUCUUCUUGGCCACGCCCCCUGAUAGCGGGGCGCUUGCACGGUACCACGUGCACGGUGCGGACUUCGUCUUCAAGCUACCGGACAACGUGAGUUUCGAAGAGGGCGCACUGAUCGAGCCUCUGUCCGUUGGCCUGCACGCGUGCCGCCGAGGUCGCCUCUCUAUGGGUCACAGGGUGCUCGUGUGCGGAGCGGGACCCAUUGGUCUGUGUGCCAUGCUAUCAGCCAAGGCGUUUGGCGUCGCUGCCGUCUGCGUUACAGAUAUCGACGCAUCACGUCUGCAGUUUGCCCGGGAGGUGGGAGCCACCCACACCUUGCAGAUCAGGCCCGGUCAGACCGAGCAGGAGGUAGCGGAGGAAGUGACGAAACUGCUGGGAGGGGCGCCCGACAGGACAAUCGAGUGCAGUGGGGCGCAGUUUGCCGUGAACCUUGGGGUGCUUGCCACGACGCCGGGCGGAAUCUUCGUCAUUGUCGGACAUGGUCCUAACAAAGUGGAGUUUCCGGUCGUGUCGCUGGUUGCCAAGGAGAUAGAAAUACUCGGCUCAUUCCGGUACAUCAACACAUGGCAGACGGCCAUCGACAUGAUUGCCUGCGGCAAGAUCAACGUGGCGCCCCUGGUGACGCACCGCUUUCGGUUGGAGGAGACGUUGGAUGCGUUCCGUUGCGCCAAGUCAGGCGUCGGGGUCAAGGUCAUGAUUGACUGUGCACAGGGGUGAUCCCGGAUAUAGAGACUGGACGACUGCGUUUGUCGGCACCGCAGCGUUAUACAAACUCACAAUAUUUUGUGGAUGUGUUAAAGACACUAUAACAUAAUUGAUCAUAAUUUUUGUAAUUGAUUCAAGUUACACUUUUUUUCCUAUAUUACACUUUGGCGGCGUGGACUGAUAGGGAGAUUGUGUAACAUCCUUUAAGAUUUAGAAGGAAUAUCGGUUUUAUAAUAUAAUAAAAAUUGGUUUUUAA